AUGUUGAUGUUACCUCUACCCUCUGAUUGCGCAGACGAGAGCGGUCCACUGCCCUGCCAGCGGAAGUGGGACGGGCUCUCCUGCUGGCCCGUGACGUCACCAGGCACCGUGGCCGUCCUGCCUUGCUUCUCAUUCCUCAACGACCUCUUCUACGACACGUCCAAUAAUGUGACGCGGACCUGCCUGGAGAACGGGACCUGGGCUGACAGGUCGGAUUACUCGAGCUGUCGUCCCCUCAUCGACGUCGACCGGGAGGUUGAUGAAACAACAUUGUACUACAUCGGCUACGGAGUUUCGCUGUGUGCUUUGACUAUUGCUCUGUGGAUAUUUCUCUAUUACAAAGACCUCCGCUGCCUGCGGAACACCAUCCACGUGAACCUGAUGGUCACCUACUUCCUCAUCUCGCUCGUCUGGAUGACUACGGCCACGCUCCAGUCGAUACCCUCACCACCUUACCACAAGGCGGCCUGCUUCCUGUACAUCGUGCUCACCUACCUGAUGGGAACCAACUUCUUCUGGAUGUUCGUCGAGGGCCUCUACCUCUACAUCCUGGUCGUCAAGACCUUCUCCAUCGAACUCGUACGAUUCCACGUGUACGCGUUCAUCGGAUGGGGGUUGCCGGCGGUGGUGGUCGCCGUGUGGGCCGCCACCAAGGCCAUCUUCAGUCCCAAUCACAACGAUCCGGUUCUCUCGGACGGAAUAUGUGUUUGGCAGCUGAAAGACAUCUACGAUUGCAUUUUUAUAUGUCCCGUCGUCAUUGUGCUUCUUGUGAACAUAUUCUUCAUGGGUGAAAUCAUGUGGGUGCUCAUCACAAAACUCCGGGCGGCUACCACGUUGGAAACCCAACAGUACAGGAAAGCAGCCAAGGCCCUGCUGGUGCUCAUUCCUCUCUUGGGGGUCACCUACAUCUUAGUCAUAUGGACGCCGUCUCACAAAACGGCCCGGAUCAUCUUCACCUACCUUCAGAUCACGCUCUUGUCCACACAGGGCUUCACGGUGGCUGUACUGUACUGCUUUUUCAACGGGGAGGUGCGGUCUACGAUCCGGCAUCACCUGGAGCGUUGGAGAGCCUCGAGGGCGCUUCGAGCAGAGCGCCUGAGGACGGGACUCAGCUACAGGGUCGGCUGUCGCCAGGCCUCGCAGGAGAGGGUGGCGCAGCAGAACGAGACGACGCGCCUGUACAAGGGUCGCGCUCCCAGGGCCAGCUGCGCCAGCUUCGCCUCCACUACGUCCACGGUGGCUCCUCAGGGAAGCUUCCUGACCGCCGGACACCGCCUCGUCAACGGCGCCUACGGACCGGCCAAGGAUGACGCAGUCUAA